AAUGCAUGGACGCAGAAAAAUCUUUUCACACUUGCAGGAAACGCAUGCGCAUAGAGGAAACCAACUGGUUUGUGUCAAGCCGAGGCAGACGGACGUGAUCGAGCCAAAAAUCACCUGUAUUCUGGCAUUCAUGGUGACACACCCAUGGGCUCAGAGCGGGAGGAGAUGCGUAAGACACAGGUGCAGGUUCAUCAAGAAGCAGCUGCCAGUGUCCUCCAAGCGCGCACCAGAAUGGGAAACACCCCCACCAACGCCUCAAAUGCCUGCUGCUUCUGCUGGUGCUGCUGCUGUAGCUGUUCCUGUUUGACUGUUAGAAACGAAGACGAAACAAUACAAAGGUCCACGUUUGAGAGCAGGACGGACAAAACCACUAAUUGCGAAGAAAGCCCAAAGCCUACUCUGGAAGACACUCGCUCCUGGGCGAUGUCAUUUGAAAGGGUGAUGAAAAGUGCAGCCGGGCGAAGCUGCUUCAGGCAGUUCCUGAGAACAGAGUUCAGCGAGGAGAACAUGAUGUUCUGGCUCGCCUGCGAGGAGCUCAAAAAGGAGACGAACAAGACUGUGGUGGAGGAGAAAGUCCGCCAGAUCUAUGAGGACUUCAUCUCCAUCCUUUCCCCUAAAGAGGUCAGUCUGGAUUCACGCGUCCGAGAAGUGAUAAACCGCAAUAUGCUUGAGCCGACCUCGCACACGUUCGACGAUGCUCAGCAGCAGAUCUACACGCUGAUGCAGAGAGACUCGUACCCCCGCUUUAUAAACUCAUCUGCGUACGCAGAUCUGCUGAAGAGCCUGGAGGAGUCUCAGUCUCCCUCUGAGCCAUAGACUCUCCACUGCCACACAAUGCUUUCUAGCGCAUGCGUCCCACCCGAAGGAGUUUCGUGUUCAUGUUGGAGUCCUGCUAUUUAAAGAAAGACAGACGUGAAAAUGAACACUACUUAUCCAGCUGUAACUGCUGUUUAUUUACCCACGAUUAGCUUACCAAAACCUUUGGAGCAAACAAGAACAAAUGCUCGGUUCAGCAUCAGUUACUUGUCUAAAACAUAUCUAUAUUUUUAUAUACUCCCUAACGCUUGACAUUGCACUUUUCUACCUUGUUUAAUGAGGGAACGCAUGUAUCUGUGAGCACUGCAUUUGUAUUUAGGUAUAUUGUGAGCCUUAAUGCAUAUCCAGUUCUUGUAGAAAGUAGUAGUUUUUAUUUAACGGUAAAAUUAAGAAGAAGGAAAGUGCCUUGGAAUAAGAUCUUCUACACUAGCACCUUUGGUCUAAAACGAAUGGUGCGACAAUGACUUCACACGUUGGUGCUUUUAGCUCUUCUCAAAGAUCAAAGUUUUUACAACUUGAUGAGCUGAUACCCAGAAAUAGAUCUUGUCUUUGUGUUUCAAUACUGUGAUACUAGUCUAUAUUUAAUUUAAGCAAAACAGGGAAAAACAAACUGAAUACAUGACCAUGACCACUGAUAUAUUUGUGUAUUUAAAAAUUUGUGUGAAAUAACUAUAUGAAUUCUCACAUAAAUAAAGCACAAUCAUACGUUG